AUGGAUCAAUUCAGGCAAGUUGGUGAGGUUGUGGGCAGUGUGAAGGCGUUGAUGGUACUCAAACACGAGAUUUCCAUCAACCAAAGGCAAUGCUCUCUGCUUGCAGACAUGAUGCAGUUGGCCUUUGACACAAUCUCAGAGGAGAUGAGGCUAAACUUGAAGCUCGACGAGAAGGCCACCAAGUGGAAGUCUCUGGAACUCCCGCUCGAGGAGCUCCACCGUGUCUUCAAGGACGCGGAGUGCUACAUCAGAUACUGCCUCGACAUCAAGGACUGGUGGGGCAAGGCCAUCAGCCUCCACAUGAACCGGGACUGCGUGGAGCUACACAUCCACAACGUGCUGUCCUGCUUCACCGUUGUGGUUGAGGCCGUUGAGACGGCUGCUGGGAUCUCAGGGAGCGAUGAGGAGGAGAAGCAGAGAAAGAGGGUUGCCCUCCUGCACAAGUAUGAUCAUGAAUGUGAUGAUCUGAAGAUCUUCCUGUGGAAGUUCAGGAAGCAGUUUCUCAUCCCUGCAGAGGUGUGCGGUUGCAUUGACACUGCGUGGAGGGAAGAUCGCUGGUUACUGUUAGACAAGGUUGGGGAGAUGAAGGCGGCAGAUAGUGAGCAGAAGCUGGCUGAGCUGCUGCUGAGGAAACUGAAUGAUGUGGAAGCUUCCAAGAAGGUGAUGUCAAGCAGUGUUCUUGUAGGAGCGCAGGAUUACCAAGUGAGGCGUCGUCUGGGGUCAGGAUACCCCAACGGGCCGAGCCAUCUCAAGGAGAUCCAUUGGCUGGGGGAGAGCUUCGCGUUGAGGAUGUUCAUUGGAGAUGUUUCCCCUUUACUACCAGAGAUCUCGUUUGUGCUUUCCCACUCGCAUCCCAACGUAUUGCAGUACCUCUGCGCGUUUUAUGACAAAGUGAGGAAAGAAGGGUACCUCGUUAUGGAGUUGAUGAGCAAGGAUCUUGCUUCUUAUGUGAAAGAGCACACGGGGCAGAAGAAUCGAGCGCCAUUCACUAUACCGGUGGCUGUAGACAUCAUGCUGCAGAUUGCAAGAGGGGUGGAGUAUUUGCACUCCAAGAAGAUAUGUCAUGGAGAUCUCAAUCCAUCCAACAUCCUUCUCAGGCCGAGGAACGCCACCACCGGUGGCUUCCAAGUUAAAGUGUCUGGGUUUGGGAUAAGCGCGAUCUGGAGCUGUGCUUCGAGAAGCCCUAGGCCGGUCGCUGCUGAUGCUGAUAUCUGGUUGGCUCCCGAGGUGCUGGCUGAGCUUGGUGGGAAAUGCAAGGGCAACUACUCUGAGAAGGCUGAUGCGUAUAGCUUCGGGAUGCUCUGCUUCGAGCUACUAACGGGGAAAGUCCCAUUCGAGGAUGGCCAUCUUCAAGGGGAGCAUAUGCUCAGGAAUAUAAGGGCAGGAGAAAGGCCUCUCUUCCCCUUCCCUUCACCAAAAUACCUGGCUAGUCUCACCAAGAAAUGCUGGCAGACUAAUCCCGCUCUGCGCCCCUCUUUCUCUUCUAUAUGCCGGAUCUUGCGCUACAUCAAGAAGAUCCUCAUCAUCAACCCCAACCAUGGCCACCCAGACGCGCCUCCGCCUCUUGUGGACUACUGUGAAAUGGAGGCCGCGUAUCUGAACAAGUUCAAUGCGGAAGAAGGGAGUGAUAUCCUCGCGCCCGUCAUGCAGAUCCCUUUCCAAAUGCUGGCCUACAAGAUUAUUGAGAAGGAGAAAACCAAUAAUAAGAAAUGGGACAUGGUCACUGAAGCAAGGAUGAAACCCCCUGCAUCAAUCUUUGAUGAGGACCAAUUGUCUGCUAUGGAUGAUCUCUUCCUCGUGCCAGCUGACCGAAGGUCGGUUUGUUCAGACAUCAUCGACAGCAAGAAUUCAGUCGUUGAUUUGGAUCUCAGGACGGUUAUAUCAGAGACGAUGCACCGCAAACUUUUCCAAUCGGACUCGUUUGUUUCAGAGGUCUCAAGGAAGAGAUACACCAAACCUGCAGAGGCUGAAUCUAUCUUACCAGAAUCUGAUCAAAAUCUCUCAUCUGAAUCAGAAGAAAAUAGCAAUUUCUUCUCAGACAGCAAAAAAAGAUUACCUGAGAUUCCACAAAGAAAAGGGCUGCAGCUUCAGAAGACAUUAACAGCUACAACCAACAUCUCAGAAGAUUAUGACAAGCCUGAAAAGAAGCCUACAUUUAUCAAUAAACUCAAAACCAUCAAGACCAAAUUCAUCCCAGAAUCGCCAAAAUCACCAAGAUGUGAUGCACCAUUGUAUCCAUCAGCCAAGGGAAAGAAGGAAUCGCCAGCAGCGGCCUCAUCACCAUCACGAGCAUUCAGCAAGACAACGGUGCAGAGUCCACAGAAGGACGUGAAACGAACAGUACAAUCUGGGAUGAGGAGCAGUAACUCGCCAGCAUCCUCACCCGCCAGAGACUUGACAGCAAAGAACGAGAGUUCAAUGCACUCACCAGGGAGAGUGAUGCCAGCUUCCUCGCCAUCAAGAGGUUACAAUAUAUGCCCAUCGCCAAUCCAUCCAUCGUCUCAUCACACAUAUGCUUCUACAAUGUCAUCGCCCAUUAAUCCCAAUAUACGGCCUUCAAGACUUGCUGGUAGGCCGACUGCACUGCCUUCGGAUGUCAGCCCUCGAGCAUCAAAGAUAGAUCACAUUCUCAGGUAGUGUGCAGAUGGUCCUGCCU